AUGGCGGAAGCUAGCUCGUGGUGGACAGAUCCGCCGUCGCCUGAGCCCUCCGGAAACGCUCCCACAUUCGAGUCCAAACCAUUGGAAGACUCAGCAUUACCAGACCCGGACAAUGAGCAGCUGCUUACCAGGCGUAUACAUAUCCUAGGUCUCGGGAGCAUCGGAACACUUGUCGCCCAUUCUUUGAGAUGUUUACCCAAUCCUCCUCCGAUCACCCUAAUGAUUCACCGUCAAGAGCAAUAUGAAGUGUUCAAAAGAGGCGGCCGUACUAUCAGUUUGAUAAAUAAGCAAAACGAGAUCAAUGACGAGCAAAUUGGAUACGAUGUUGACCUGUUCAAUGGCUAUGCAGAGGACGGCAAGGCGCAAUGGGAUUACAUUCCUGACAAGCGUUUGGACCAACCGCCGACCAAUCCUGUCGAGGAAGGCGAGAAGAUGCCAUCCGGCGAGCUCUACAUCUACAGCUUGAUAGUUGCCGUCAAGGGUCCCACCACUGUUGCUGCGCUGCGCUCUGUCAGACACCGUGUCAACGCAAAGACGACCAUCUGUUUUAUGCAGAAUGGGCUUGGCCAGAUUGACGAACUCAAUCGAGAGGUUUUCACCGAUCCUCAAACACGCCCGACCUACAUGCUGGGAAUUGUUGCCCAUGGCGCAUACAUGUCGCAGCCUUGUACAGUCGUCCACGCUGGCUACGGUACAAUAGCUUUAGGCAUAUAUCGAGAUCCCGAUCGUUUCCCUCUUCCUCCCAAGGGGCCAGUGCGGCAUCUGUGGGAGUUAUCGGAAGAAGAGAGGAAGAAGCAUCAUCCUACCGACAAGGAACUCUUUGCGAGCCUCUCUUCACGUUACCUUCUCCGCACCUUGACCAGAUCGCCGGUGCUGGCAUGCGCUGCGUUUCCAUACUUGGACCUACUGCAACUGCAGCUCGAAAAGCUGUCCUCAAACUGCGUCUUAAACCCUCUCACUGCCCUCCUCGAUGUUCCCAAUGGAGCGCUGCUCAACAACGAGGACCUGCUCUCCGUUCAAAGGCUUCUCCUUGCGGAGAUAUCUCUCGUCAUCCGGGGUCUACCCGAGCUGGAAGGUAUCCCAAAUGUGCAGCACCGAUUCUCUUCUAGGCGACUGGAGCAGUUGUUCGUGGGCGUGACCAAGCGGACGGCACAAAACUCAAGCAGCAUGCGGGAGGACUUCCGGCAUGGCAAGAAACCAGAGAUCGACUACAUCAAUGGCUACAUCAUCAAGCGGGGCGAGCAACAAGGCAUCAAGUGUGCUCUAAAUUUCAUGCUCACGCAGCUCAUCAAAGGCAAAAAUUUCUUGAGGACUGGCACCGGCCUGCCCUAUGGCACCACACAGAUCCAAAGUGAGGUCGACCCGCAUCGCCCUGACUCAGUCACCAUCACCGACAAUAGUACUCCCCCGAGAGACAGCAUAAGGUGA